CGCAGAGCUUGAAUUGCUGACCUCUCUUCUCGACCAACACGUCUUCCUCUCUUUCUUCCAUCUCUCUCUCUCUUCUGGGACGAGACCGGGCGCGAGACCUGAGACACUGACAACGAUGGCGACGGCGCAAGCGACAGUGAGCCAGGCGCCGCUGCGGACGCACCUGUCGCUCAAGGGCUCCGUGGCCCUCGUCUCGGAUUUCUUCCUCUUUGGCAUCCAGUCGAUUCUCUACCAGCGCGAAAUCUACCCCUCGGACGAGUUCCGCAACGUGAAAAAGUUUGGGACCCAGGUCCUGACGACGACGGACGAAGGGCUCAAGGAGUACCUCGAUGCGGCCAUGGGCCAGGUCAAGACGUGGCUCGAGCGCGGCCAGGUCAAGCGCCUCGUCGUGGCCAUUGUCGAAAAGGAGACGGGCGAGACGAGGGAGCGGUGGCAGUUCGACAUUGACGUUGUCGGUAAGGCCGAGGGCGAGGAGAGCGAGGAGACGGGGAGUGUGGGCCAAGAUGGCAAAGCGCCCAGCAAGGAGAAUGUCGACCCGAGCGCAGACAAAGACGGGGCAAAGAGCAAGAAAAAGACAGAUGCCCAGGUCAAGGCCGAGAUUUCGGCCAUCAUCAAGCAAAUCACGGCCAGCUGCACCUUCCUGCCCUUGCUGGAAGAGCCAUGCGCAUUCACCAUUUUGGCCUACACCAGCCUCGAGGCAGACAUGCCCAUGGAGUGGUCCGAAAGCGAUGCCCGGCUCAUUGCCGCCGGUCAGGCCGAGCAAGUCAAGCUGAGGAGCUUCAGCACCCAGGUGCACCGCGUCGACGCCCUCGUCGCUUACAAGCGUGAAGACGAGGACGAGUAGCAGUCCCCUGCCUUCUCUCUCUCUUUCUCUUCUCGCUUGUCUCUCUCUUUUAUCUUCCUUGUACAACAUCUAGAUUACGAAAAUGAAGCUGUUCAUUUCUCG